AUGGACGUUGCACGCUGCAUCGUCGUUUCUGUUCCUGCGGCAAUGUCUGACGUCGACGCCAGCAGAUCAGCGAGGGAGGACGUCGUACGCUGUGUCACCGUUUCUGCUCCUACGCUAGUGUCUGACAUCGACACCAGCAGAUCAACGAGGGAGGACGUUGUGUGCCAGUAUCCCCGUUUCUGCUCCUGCGCUAGUGUUCGACGUCGACGCCACCAAAUCGACAAGGAAGGACGUCGUGUGCCGUAUCGCCGUUUCUGCUCCUACUUGUCACUCCCUCGCUGCUCACCAUUGCUCCUCGUCACUCGUUGCUCACCGUUGCUCCUCGUUGUUCCGUGGUUCAAUUGGAUUGUGUAUUGUGUUACAGUGAAAGUGCUACAAACAAUAUCAGAUAAAGUGAAGAACCUGAACUGGAAAGUAACACAAAAUUCAUGUAACGUUGAUGGAGGAUUUGGAAAACAAGAAGCCAAUUUAGGGUCUCAAGUCCUUAGGAAUAUCACAUGCAAUUGCUCUUUCAAUAGUAACACUCUUUGCCAUGUUACAAACAUUGUUCUCAAGGGUCUCAACAUUUCUGGAGCUAUACCUGAUGAAUUUGGAAAUCUAACUCAUCUGGUGGAACUUGAUUUAACUCGCAAUUAUUUCAAUGGCUCAAUUCCAAAGAGUCUUGCAAACAUCCCACUUGCUAAUCUGUCACUCUUGGGAAAUAAUCUUAGUGGUCCAAUUCCCGCUGAAAUUGGUGACAUUGCUACUUUGCUUGAACUGAACUUAGAAGAUAAUCAACUUGGAGGAUCCCUUCCACCUAGCCUUGGAAAUUUGAGCAAAUUGGAUCAAUUACUUCUCUCUGGAAAUAAUUUUACAGGGGCAAUCCCAGAAGAAUUUGGCAAACUAAAGAAUCUCACUGGGUUUAGGAUAGAUGGAAACAGUUUUUCUGGGAAGAUACCAAACUUUUUUGGGAACUGGACCAAAAUUACGAGAAUGGAUAUGCAGGGAACAUCCAUGGAAGGCCCAAUUCCUUCUGUUAUAUCUGAGUUAACAACUUUGCAAGAAUUGAGAAUAACUGAUUUGAAGGGACCACCUAUGACAUUUCCUAAUCUUACAGAGUUGAAGAGCUUGACCAGACUGGAAUUAAGAAAUUGCCCUCUCACUGGUCACAUUCCACCCUAUCUUGGUGAAUUGCAACGUUUAAAAACUCUAGACCUGAGCUUCAACAGGUUGAAUGGUUCUAUCCCAGAUUCACUUGGGAACUUGCAAGGACUAAAUUACCUGUUCCUGACUAACAAUUCUUUGACCGGAACGAUUCCUUCAUGGAUACUAGGCAGCGACCAGAACAUGGAUUUAUCUUACAACGAUUUUACAUCGCCUUCUCAACCUAGUUGCCAACUUCAGGAUGUGAACCUAGCUUCCAGCUUCUCUUCCUCAGCGAGCACUUCAACUACAUGCUUAAAGAGGGGCCUGCCAUGUUCAGGAAAAGCAAACACUUAUUCAAUAUUCAUAAACUGUGGAGGAUCUGAAAUUGAGGCUGAGGGCACAAAAUAUGAAGCCGACGUCAGCAGAAGCGGCACUUCAAACUAUCAUAGUAGUAGCAGCAAGUGGGCUUACAGCAGCACAGGAGCAUAUCUAGGAGAUACGGAUGCUCCACAUGUGGCAACAAAUGAUUUCAAUUUGAAUAUUAGUGGACCUGGAUACUACCAAACUGCCCGCAUUGCCCCUUUGUCUCUUAAUUACUAUGGCCUCUGUAUGAAGAAUGGAAAUUAUAAAGUGAAACUUCAUUUUGCUGAGAUAAUGUUUUCUAAUGACCAAACAUUUAGCAGCCUUGGAAGGCGUAUAUUCGAUGUUUCAGUCCAAGGUGUUAAAUAUUUGAAAGAUUUUAACAUUGCUGAAAAAGCUGGUGGAGCUGGUAAACCAAUUACUGAGGAGUUUGAUGUAGAUGUUAAUGAUAAUACCUUGGAGAUACACUUGUCCUGGGCAGGGAAAGGAACUAAUGCCAUUCCUGUGAGAGGUGUAUAUGGACCUCUUAUAUCUGCCAUAACUGUUACUCCAAACUUCAAAAUUCCUUCGAAUGGACUGUCUACUGGAGCAAUUGUCGGAAUUGUGAUUGGAUCGUGCGCAUUCGUCAUACUGAUACUAUUUGUCCUUUGGAAGAUGGGUUUCCUAUGUGGGAAAGAUCAAACAGACAAAGAACUUCUAGAGCUGAAAACAGGCUAUUUCAGUUUAAGGCAAAUUAAAGCUGCUACUAAUAACUUUGACCCAGCAAACAAGAUAGGUGAAGGAGGAUUCGGACCAGUAUACAAGGGCGUACAGCCAGAUGGUACUGUAAUUGCAGUUAAGCAACUCUCGGCCAAAUCAAAGCAAGGGAACCGCGAAUUCGUCAAUGAAAUAGGCAUGAUAUCUGCUUUGCAGCAUCCAAAUCUUGUGAAGCUUUAUGGUUGUUGCAUUGAAGGACACCAAUUGCUGCUAGUAUAUGAAUACAUGGAGAACAAUAGUCUUGCUCGUGCCCUUUUCGGUAAACAAGAACAGAGGAUGCAUUUGGAUUGGCCUACAAGAAUGAGGAUCUGUGUUGGUAUAGCAAGGGGUUUAGCUUAUCUACAUGAGGAAUCAAUAUUAAAAAUAGUCCAUAGGGAUAUUAAGGCAACCAAUGUCUUACUUGAUAAGAGUCUGAAUGCUAAAAUCUCUGACUUUGGUUUAGCCAAGCUUGAUGAAGAAGAGAAUACCCAUAUCAGCACAAGAAUAGCUGGAACAAUUGGUUACAUGGCCCCAGAGUAUGCUAUGCGGGGUUACUUGACUGACAAGGCAGAUGUCUAUAGCUUUGGCAUUGUGGCGUUGGAGAUUGUUAGUGGGAAGAGCAACACAAACUACAGACCAAAAGAGGAGUUUGUUUAUCUUCUGGAUUGGGCCUAUGUUCUCCAAGAGCAAGGAAACCUUCUGGAGUUGGUUGAUCCAAGUCUCGGUUCAAGCUACUCCCCUGAAGAAGCCAUGAGAAUGCUGCAGUUGGCACUCUUAUGCACCAACCCAUCUCCUACUCUUAGACCACCCAUGUCAUCUAUUAUAAGUAUGCUUGAAGGGAAGACUCCGAUCCAAGCACCAAUAAUCAAGCGCAACGAGGGUGCACAAGACGCAAGAUUCAAGGCCUUUGAGAUGCUGUCACACGACAGCGAAACAAAUAUUUCUUCUGCAUUCUCACAAUAUAGCCAAGAGCAGAGGAGCAGAUCCAUGAAUGGACCAUGGGUUGACUCCUCCGUCUCUCUUACUAGUGGAGAAGAUUAUUAUUCCUCAACCAAUAACCUUAUAAACAGUUCGCGCAAUGUGUGAUUCUGUUUGGACCUUGAAAUUUGGGAGGCCAACUCACAUUAAAUUCAUAUUCUUUUUGUAAAUCAUGUAAGCACUAAGCAGCAAUAGAUUAAGAGUGAUUGCAUAGAA